AUGAAGAGCGGUAUUGUCUUUGCGUGUAUUCUGGCCUUCUUUUCCGCCAACCUUGCGGGAGCAGCUCCCCCGUCAGGUGGCCAGUCUGUCCAAGGGGAGCAGUCAGUUCAAGGGAAUCUGCCAGCUCAAGGAGGCUCUCAAUUCCAAGGAGGAUCACAGCCCCAAGAAGCCAAGCCCCUAGAACCACCGGUACAAGGGGUGGGACCACCACAAAAGCUUGAAGACUAUCAACAACUCACCAAGAAGAAAAAGCAGUAUCCAGGUGUUAGUCACUCCAGCCACAAGCCAAAAGAUGAUCACCAAUCUGCCGAUACCAAGGAGAUGACUGCUACAUCACUAUUACCACCGAAACCGACCAAACUAAGCCCCUUUCCGGGCGUCUGGUUGCGGAGGCAAUAUGUUGGGGAACGGGCUCUCAACCAGGAAGUCCGAGUGGCCUCGGAAGUGGUUCUCGACCAGGAAGCCCGAGUGUGCAAAAUGUUUGAUUGA